AUGGAUUUAAAUUCUCUCUUUGGUAUCAAAGAUAAAAUUAUAUUAAUAACUGGUGGAUCUCGAGGAAUUGGCCUUAUGAUAGCUAAAGGAUUCAUAGCAAAUGGAGCAAAAGUAUAUAUUUCUUCAAGAAAGGCUGAAGUUUGUGAUCAAGUUGCAAAAGAUUUAUCUGCUAAAGGACCUGGUAAAGCAAUAAGUAUACCUGCUGAUUUACAAAAAUUAAGUGAAUGUAAAAGAUUAAUUGCUGAAAUUGCAAAACGUGAAGAAAUCAACAAUGCGGGUGCAACUUGGGCAGCUCCUUUUGAAAGUUUUCCAGAUGAAGCUUUUGAGAAAGCUGGUACAAAAGAAGAUCCAGCAAGAGUAAUUAACAUUGGUUCAAUUGAAGGUGAAUCACCUGGAUUAGAAAUCUAUGCAUAUUCGGCUUCCAAAGCUGCUUUACAUCAUUUAACUAGAGUAAUGGCUGGAAAUCUAUCAAAUCGAAAUAUUACUUUUAAUACAAUAGCUCCUGGUUUUUUUGAAUCAAAAAUGACAGCUCAAGUAUUAAAGGAUCUUAAAAAUGUUUUUUUAAAUAAUACACCAUUAAAUAGAUUUGGAACUGAAGAAGAUGUGGCAGGUACUUGUAUUUAUUUGACAAGUAGAGCGGGUGCUUAUACUACAGGUGCUACUAUUGUUGUUGAUGGUGGUUUAUUGUUAAUACUUCCUGAACUUGAAUUGACACUUAAGAAGUUUGUUUUAAGUUAUCAACAUAGGGUUAUUCUUAAUGAUUCCAUUUUAAUUGAAAAAACAAAAUUAUUAACAACAGGAUUAGGUGGAGCAGUAUUAGCAAAUGAAGUUUUUAUUGAAAAGAUACUUCCAUUAUUACAAAAUAAAUGCAUAAAUUAUUCUUCUGAACAAAUUUAUAAUAUAGAUGAAACAGUAUUAUGUGCAAAUGCAAAUGGAUUACAUAAAUUAUUACCAUUAAUUAUUGGAAAAUAUGCAAAUCCCAGAUAUUUUAAAACAAUUAAUGUUGUAAUAAAACAUAAUAGACAAUGUGUUUUAUUAUUAUUGGAUAAUUGUAGAAGUCAUAAAAUUGAAGGUUUAGUUCUUUCACAUGUUAAUAUUUUGGAACAAGUUGAAGCUAGUCAAUUUAUACAAGAUUUAAAAAUGAAUGUUUUGCAAGCAAUUCAUUUUAUUAUUUCAAGUUGGGAUGAAGUUACAGCACUUUACCUUCCUAAUGCAAUAGGUAUAGAAGAAUUUCUUUCUGUACCAGAAGAAAAUAUUGUUUAUGAAGAUUUGGAAGAUGAUAAAAUUAUUACAGAACUUGUUGAUAUUUUUAAAAAGCCAGAAGAAAAUAUUGAAGAUGUUGAAGAAUUAGAUGACAGUAUUGAACCAGUUAUUAUUGAUAUUAGUGUAGCAUUAAAAAGUAUAGAAAAUGUACAAAUGUUUUUAUUUCAACAAGAAAAUUCAGAAAAGUAUAUUAAAUUAGCAAAUACAAUUGAAAAAUUUAUAAAAGUAAAAAAAAUCAAUAUGUCACGACAAUCUAGUUUAGAUGAAUUUUUUCCAAUUAAAUAA